CAUCGCAGCAGAUUACCCUAUAAAAACCUUCUCUUCACCCCAGUUUCCUCACACAGCAGGUUCGAUGCUCAUCUUCACACUCCACGCAAGACGCUGACUGAAAUCUGUCCGAGCCUGAGAGGGGAUUUUAGCAUAAUGGAGACAACUGAGGCAUCUGCUAUUCGUCCCAAAGAACUUUGCAGCGCGGAGGCCAGGACUGCGCAACGGUGGUUAACGGACAUGUUUACGCGCGUCCACACCACGUGUGAAAUCCCGGUGAGCGCUGUAUUCGGGCCGUGCGAGCUGCAACACACCUCCGCUUACGACAGCAUCGCUUUCAUUGCUCUCAAAUCUAUGGACAGACGAACGUCGCCUUAUAUCAUAAAGGCAGCAGGUGCACACCUCUAUGUGCGCUAACGGUCUGGUGUGGCUGCGCCUCGUCCAGUCGGCCCGGUGUCCCGAGGAGCAAAACAUGGAGGCGUACUUGAAGAACGGCCAGCUGUUCUACAGAGCCCUCAGGAGGAUUGAGAAAGAUGAGGAACUGCUGGUCUGGUACAGCAGGGACCUAGCCAAGCUGCUUCUCCUUCAUCCACUUCUGGUCCAAGGAAAAGGUGCCCCUCCAUACAUCUGCCCCCACUGCAACCAGAGCUUUGACUCCGAGUUCCCCUUCCUGGCCCACCGAAGGUUCCUGUGCAGCCAGCGAAUGACAUCCAACAGCCCUCAUCAACACAGUUCACCUAGCCAAGAAGACUUUGUCAAUCCUGCUCCAAAAGACUAUACUUCCCAUGCAGUGAAGCCGGAGUCCUCAUCCUCCCUUAAGGGGAGAACUCUGGAUAGCAAACCUGGAACAGAUUUCCACAACCUGGCUCGGGACAUGGAGAGGAAGGCUGACACCACAGUGGCUCAGAGUAGGGACCUGAAAAGGAAACACUUUAAGGUAGAGGAGGAUGAGAUCCACUGUGACCUGCAGCAGCCAAUGGUAGGAGAACCAUUGACCAUAAGAGAACAUUAUGCUUCAAGCAUGAGCAGACAUAGCUCAUUUAUUCACCAAGCUAUCAAAGGCUAUAGCUUGGACACUUUGUCAGAGAGCAGGAGUGCCUUCUCCCAGCCUCCACACCCAGCCCCAGCUUCUGUCUUCCCCCAGGCCACCCCGUUGUUGGUUAGAACAGACCCCAUAACGUCCCUCAGCACUGGGCCUCAUUCCUUUAACAAUAGCACAUCCCUUUGGUCCAAGGCCCCAGGGUUUUUCCUUCAGACCCCAGCCCAGGCCCAGACCCAUGCCAAGGCCCUCCUUCCCCAGACCCAGGCCCUCCACACCCAGGCACAGGCCCUUCCCACCCCUCAUGUUCUCCUCUCUCCGUCCCUUUCCCCCCUCCGGCUGCAGGGUCAGAACUGGUGCGCCAGAUGCAGCCUGUCCUUCCGACUCACCUCCGACCUGGUGGCCCACAUGAGGACUGUCCACCACCACCAGAGGGUGUUUUCUGCCAGGUCUGGAGGGGACAGAAUCCCCAGGGGGGAUAAGCGCCACAGCUGCCCCAUUUGCAGGGAAGUGUUCAAACAGCGCCACCACCUGGCCAGACACCUGGUUGCACAUACCUGAAUGUUUUUUUGUGAAGUGUCAUUGCAUACUAGUUCUGUAUUAGACAGUACAGUACAGUAAAAAAAAAAAUUGUACUUAGUUUUGUAAGAAAUAUGGAUGUUUUCAUAUAGUUAAUUAUAAUAAUUUCAUAUUUUUCUUACAAAAUAAAGCAGAGUAGUAUUGUACUGUAUGACUUUUCUGGUCAGUAAAGUUCCUGCAUUUCUUUGAUGUCUACUGGAUAUACAAAGACGGAACAAUUUCAGUUGUAUACUUGUUUAAUUCAAGAUUAAUAACAUAUAAUGUAUUUUACAUAUGACUUUAAUAAUAUCGGUUGCAUACAUUGAUUCAGAUACGUUUAUGAAGAGUUUUAACAGACGUACAAAUUACAGAACUGUGACAACUGAAACCUCAAGAUAAAAAUAUGAUCGAACAUGUGAUGAGAUCGGUGGAACUGGUCUGCGUAGUUUGGUUAGCAAUUAACUUGUAGGCUGCAUGAUGAAAUACUUUGGAAACCUGACUUACACAACACUUAUCACACAAGGGGGGUCAGAUGGCUAAGCGGUUAGGGAAUAGGGCUAUUAAUCAGAAGGUUGCCAGUUUGAUUCCCCUCCGUGACAAAUGAUGUUGUGUCCUUGGGCAAGACACUUCACCCUACUUGCCUCGGGGGGAAUUUCCCUGUACUUACUGUAAGUCGGUCUGGAUAAGAGUGACUGCUAAAUGACUAAAUGUAAAU